AUGUUUGACAAAUUUGUGGCGGGCCUUGUCACAACCCACUUGGGGAACUACUUUGAGAAUGUAAACAGGGAGCAGGUGAAGGUGUCUUUGUGGAGCGGACAUGUGAGGCUGAGGAAUUUGCGCUUCCGCAGGGACGCCUUGCGGGCGUUUGAUACGGCCGUUUGCGUCAAAGAAGGCUUCAUCGAGGAGAUGACUGUUACCAUUCCAUGGACACGGCUGCAGUCGGAGUGCGUGGUGGUGGCGGUACAAAAGGUGCGUGUGGUGCUGCAGCAGAAGACGGCGGCGGGGUAUGACCCGGCACGUGAAAAACAUGAGGCAUAUGAACGCAAGUUGCACCAAUUGAAGUUGUUUGAUGAGCUGCUGCAGCAAGAAAUUGCAGAAGAUGAAAGGACGGCCCAGACCGCUUUCCCGACCCACACCACAGUUUCCACAGGGAGUAUACUACAAGAGGAGAUGCAGGAGGAGGGGAAUGCAUGUGUGGAAGCGCAGAAGGACGUAACUUUUGCGGCACGUUUAAAGUCUGUCAUACUGAACAAUGUUCAACUGCUGUUGAGGGAUGUUGUUGUGGAGUAUGAAGGCUGUUACGCCUCUGGAGGAGGCGUAGACGCAGGAAAGGAGCAACGUGUGGGUCAAGACUACCAUUCUUUUUCUAUUGUACUGGACCACUUUCGAACGUAUGCGUGUGAUGAAAACUUCAAUCCGCACUUUACCGCAGCGAAGGAUCGAGUGUUGUACAAGAAGGUGGUGCUGGAGGGGGUGCAGUUUUUGCUUAAUGCGACUACUUCCCCUGCGGUAACGGUGGCUGGAGGCGACCAUAAGGAGAGCCACGUCUCCGGUACCGCACAGGAGACGGAAGGGACUCCAUUGGAGAAGGUCAGAAGAUCGCCUAAGCAGAUCACAUCCUCAACGUUGCGGCAGCGUCAACCAUCGGGGUGUCACCGUUUUAUUUCCCCAUUUGGUGCAAUGGCCUGUGUACAGUACCAGCCGGUGCCGUACCGCGCCGACCUUCCGACAGCACGUAUAGAUCUACAUUUGGAUGUUCUAUCUGCUGCGUUGUCUAGUGGGGAAUGGGCAACCCUUCGUGCCCUGUGGCGUGAGAUACGUGACGGGGAGGAGUACGACGUGCUGCGUCAGUUUAGGCCUGUGGACGCAGACAAACGAAGGCCCACCGACAAUGCGCGUGCGUGGUGGGCUUACGCCAUUCAAGUGACGCUGCAUCGUGUACGGCGGAGUCGCGAGCGGCAUGUGUUUGUAUGGGAAAACUACAAGCGUCUCAAGGCAGCGAGAGAAAAUUACAUGACACUUUUCAAGCGUGCCAGGCGAGAACGUUUGGGGGUCGACUGGCUUGCGGAGCUUACAAAGGAAGAGGCAUUGCGCCUGCGAGAAUUGGAGAUGGAACUACCGAUGGAGUCUAUCAAACUAGCACGGCGGCUCGCUUAUCGUCGAGCGCAGCUGGAGCGGGAGCACAGGGACAAGUUAUUAGAGAAGCGACGGCAACAACAACAACAACAACAGCAGCAGCAGCAGCAGCAGGAACAAGAAGAAGCCGAAGAGAAAUCUGGGGAGCCACAGAGUGUGUCAAGCGUGGGAGCCGCCAUGGAUUUGGCCCAGGCGAGUAGGACAGGCAGUUCAAGUUGGUGGGGUUGGACAGUUUUUUCACGGACACGGCACACCUCCUCUGAUGCGUUGGACGAGGACGCCGCUGAACUUCAGGCAGAGACUGAAGAAAUGUUUCAGCUUGUAUAUGCGGAACGUUGGACAGUUGCGCAACGUCUCGCCAUUGCCAAGGAGUUUGGUAUUCCCGAGAAUGAAGUUGAAAGCCUCUCCGAUGCUAGUGGUGCAUCUCACGGGAACCUUGGGGAGCUUCGCUGGCAGGCUAGUCUCUAUGUACAUGGUCUCGAGCUAAUGCUGUGCGAGAGCGAUGGGGAACGUAUACCAUUUGCUACUUUGGCAAUGGAGCGACUUAACGCCAAAUUGACUUACAUGUUUACGCGGCGUUUUUCCUUUAAAUUUGCGGUUGACGAGUAUAUGGUGUUUUCGCACUUGUCGGAGCAACCGCGUGUGGUGAGUGUUAUUCGUGUGGCCAAUGAAAGGUAUGUGACGGGCGGCAUUGAAGAUGCGUCAGCGAUGUCGCUUUCAUUGAAGCGACACCACGCUGGUAGCUUGGCGGAGUAUGACACUGUGACUGGGGUGCUGCCAUAUGAACUUCGCUUGGAAUGGAGCCCCAUGGACUGCAACGUGGACGUGCCUUUUCUUCGGGCCUGCAUUGAGUUUGUGCACCCUCCGCCCGCCUCUUUCUUUCCGUCGUUGGCCACAGCAUCGUCUGCAGCCUUCUUGGGGGGUGUUAGCCCACCCUGCAAACGGCGACGACAGGCGAUGGACCCCGCGGCACAGCGGACGGCGCUAAUGAUGAGGGUGGAGCGGGAGUUUCUGUGCAGCUGGCGCAUCCUACUUCACGACCUCCGCAUCGCUGCCUCGGAGGAUGCGCGGCAGGUGAGUCGCGUGAAGGUGGGGCGAUUGGAAAUGAGGAAUGACCCUGCAAGGAAACUUGAGCGACGGCGGCGCGUACAAAGCCUCGCUGGAAUGUCCAACAUCUUCGGCGACGACCCGGACGAUUGGGUGAAUACGGCACAUGUCAUUGUAGAGGGAUUAACGGUGGAGUCUCUCGUGACCCCCACGGGUGCCGAUGCCGGUUGCCAUGACGACGACAACGACAACGGCGUCUCCGAAAGGCACUGGGAAAAGAUGACGUCCCUUUCAUCUUUUACGGUGUGCUUCAAGAAGAGUAUGAUGAUGCAACGCAGCCCUUCUGUGCCGCUCUUUUCCGCAUCACUUGUGUUUGCACAACCACUGCAAGUUCGAUGCUCACGACAGAGUCUUUCUGUACUGUGCAACUCCUUUUCGUCUCUGACAGACGUUUGUCAGAGACUCUCUCAGCUGACGGCCACCAAUACAGUCUGUGAGGCCUCGGUUGCCUCCUCAAGCAUGGUAUUCCUUGCCCAAGUUUUGACGGUCGAUGAACGCUACCUUGUCGAACAUGAACUCUCCCUGCGGUGUCAGCAGGAACAAUUUUAUCGCGAAAAGAUGCGGGCGCCGGAAUGGCUAGACACCCACCGCCGCGUGGAAGUGGCGAUGGGGAAAAUGAUUGUCUAUCACAGCAAACGACCCUCCUUUCCGAGUCACUUUUUUGAGCUUCAUCGAGGGCAUCUACACAUUCUGCAGGAUGCCGCGGAGGUGAGUUUAUUUCUGGAGUGCGGUGGUGUCUCGCAAGAGUGCAGAUGCGGUGUAUUGAAGGCGAAGGAGGUGCUCUUUGGCAAGUAUAAGUUUCCAUCUCUUGGGAGCAUGCGGCUACUUGAGGCUUUCGCAGAAGAAUGGCAUCGAGCGCAUAAGGGUAGUGGGGAGAAGGGAGAAGCACAAGAGGUGGAGCGCGCGUUUCAGAUUAUACGUGCGUCCGCUCGAACACGUCCAUGCCGUCACCUCCGCGUGAGGUUCAAGAGCACGGAGGAGGCUUAUCACUUUGCCAACGCGCUUAACGCCCAUGCAGUGGACUACCAUGCCAUGGAAGUCCCCCUUGACCCUUCACCAGAGGACGAGGAAGCGGCGGAAAGGCAAGUGGGCGAGGAGCACCAGCUGCGUUUGAUUACGAUUGACAUGGCCAUCCCGCAGUGUACGCUUCUCCUUCUGGAUGAGGCAAUUGAGCGGCACGAGGACGACGCAGCACCGCCAGUGCACAGUGUAUUUAUGACCGCGGUGAAUCUAUCCUAUGUGCAGCAAAAACGGAAGAAACUCAUCGCUCUCACUACGGAAGGAUUGUCUGUCACGGCGCACGCGAGAAACACGCCAGUGGUAGAGGUCACGAGGUCCGCGGCGACGCCACCUGUUUCCGCUUCUACUUCCACUUCCACUUCCACUGGAGUGGCAGAUGCAGAUGCGAAUGCGGGCUCUGGUGUGUAUCCGGCGAUGCACAUUUCGUUUCAAAUGAAAGAGCGAGUAUAUCCCCAUUUGUCUAGGAAGUACAUGAAGCUGAAUGCCCUAACAGACGUCAAAUUGGAGUUUUCAAGUGAGUUGCUGAGUGUUGUUGAAAUGUUAUGGGAUAUUACGGGAAUUGUGACAAAUCAAAUAUAUGGGCAUGCGAUAUAUCGUUCUAUCCCUUGGUCGGCUGAAACUGCAACAUCUAUUGAAGAAAAAUGGCGGGCAGAUCCUGCUGGGGGUCUACUCCAAGGUAACUAUAUUUCCAUCGAUCUGGAGCGCCUUGCUCUGUCACUCUACUACCCCACUGACAGGUUUGAAUUGGCAGACAAAACAGGCGUAGCAGUUGACGCGGAUACUCUCCAUGGGGAACAGUGCGGUGACGCGGAUGAUGCCGCACUUGGACCCGUGGCCGUAAUAGAAGGCUCUCGCGUGAACAUUUGCUGGAGCAACACGGAGGGCUGUAAUAAGACGUGUUCGAUGAUACAUAAUCCUCAGAUAAUGAUGCGUGAUGCCUCUUCCGGGGAACUUGUUCAAAUGGUCGCCCCCACCAGAAACCGCUGCGAAAAGAAAACCGACGCAGGGACUCUCGCCAGCAACCCAACGCUCUCCCUUUCAUUCUCUAUCCACCGUGAGCCACCACUGUUGUCGACAUCAGAUUUCAUUGCUAAUGGAGGUACUGCUGGGUACCGCCACACACAUUUUGUUUUGCUGUCAGGGGAGCAUUUAGACGUUGUCUACUGUCAAGCACAGUUAUGGAGCCUUAUUGAGGUGCUUUCACGAGGCGUCAUCUCCAGAGCGGCAAUGUUGGUGUGGCGCCAGCCUUAUACCGUGGGGACUCCGCUGCUGCGUUGGCCUCAACCCGAUGCCCCGCUUGCACCAUUUUCUUGGUGCCUGUUGCAUAAACAUGUAGAGUUGUCGCACUUGCAACUCUCACUUCGAGACAACCCUCCCCAUCUGCCCGCCAAGCUGUGGGGGAAAGUUGAUCUCUGCCGCUUCCAUGAUAAACUUGUCGUUGUUGGGGAAAGCAACUCCGCAAACCAAAAGCGAGUUGUGCAACACAUUUCAACGCUGACGCUCGAGGGACUUGAAGUUCAGGGAAUACGACGGAAACGAAACAGCAGUGAUUCUGCUGCUUUGAAUAUGGUGACCUUGUUGAACCGCACACAGUUUUUAAUGGAGUUUUCCUAUGAACUCUUUCGUGUAGAUGGCUGGAGCGGCGCGCGCCCUCGUCGUUUUCGAGUGGAAAUGCCAGCGGAUGUCGUUUUCCAGGGAACUACACAUCAAUUUGUACUCUUGGUAAACUGGUUCUUUGUGAACUACAUGGAAAAGCCGUGGCAGUCCCGCUUUCUGCCCAAUAGGGUUGCCAUUGACCCCUUUCUACUGGCUUACGGUGCCGGCGGGGAGUUGACGGGGUGGACUGUUGAUAUUCGGUACAUAUGCCUUCGUCUCAGGGACCCGCCUCGAUUGUACCGUUGUGUGGAGGACGACGUGGAUUCUUUUGUGAGCCUUGAACGUCCUGCCAUCGAUGUCGCUGUGGUGAUGGAGCGUUUCACGCUAAAGCUUCAUUGGAGGUCAGAUGGUGGAUUCUUAUCCCGCUAUGCCGUUGGAGAGGCCUCUGUGUGGCAAUUAGAGCCGUUGCUGCAGAGUCGUGUGGUGUUUCGCCGUCAUCCGAGAGAAGCCGUGGAUGACGCACUUCGGUUUCUUUGGUUGCACAAUGAGAGUCGUGGAACGGCGACGCCACCAACUACGGCAGGGGAGGAAGGGAUAAGUCAGCGUCAUACUCCUACGAAGGAAGACGUGGCACUUCAGGUGCGGUAUGAAGUGAGUUUUGAAGAAAAUGGGGAUGAGUCGGUGUCGACUCGCAUUGCGGUCGGUGCUGUUGAUAUCACACCGGAGCCAUAUUUCUUAUUUAACCUGAAAGAUUCUCUAUUUGGCCUUCAUGCUCGAAAUGCCUAUGGUAGAAUUCUACGUUGGGAACCACGUGUGGCGGGAGUUGUUUUAUUCCCGCCUGUUCCAGAGCAGCAGGACUAUUCCUUCAAUCAUCGUUUCACUCUUGGCGGAGUGAAAUUGACUAUUCUGCGGCCGAUACACCCACGUCAGCGCGUCAUGCCGCUGUUUGUUGUCUUCAUUAAUUCCAUUGAAUUUGUCUCUUCCUCCGAGAAGUAUGGAGUAAACUGUGCGUGGUCCCUUUCGGUUGGCGUUAUCGCGCAAAACGGUCUGGUAGUGGAGGAUAAAGCGUUGGGUGGUGAACGGAAUCUGACGCCUCUCUUCCUGCCGCCGUUUUGCUCGGAGAAAAGUACGGAGACUGGGAAGGCGCAGCGGCUGCUCUCUCUCACGUGCACCGCAGAGCAAGGGCUCACCGGGACGGUUGACUCCCUAUGGGUUCUUCUCCCCCUUAAGCGAGAGAUUUGCACCCUUCGUGAGGUUUUUGAAAAGGGUGGAUACAUGCAGCUGUGCUGGUUGUGGACUUUUUUAGAGGAACGGCGGAUGUGGAGAAGUCGGCGGCCAUACAGCCGUGCAAAUGCUUCCUCGUUGUCGGUGCACGUUACGAUUAAGGCACCUUGCGUGGUGGUGGCGGAACACAACGGGGACGUUGUCGCGUGUAGCCUACGCCUUGGCCGUGGUGUAGUGUUCAGCCCGGGAGACAUCACCGUGGCGAGGGAUGCGGGGGGUGAUGGCUCUUUUGGCGUUUCACUCGCUGCUCUUAGCGUGAGGUCCCUGUGGGAGCAUUCAUGCUACGUUUUGAAGCCGACGCGCGUAGAGUUCUCCGGGCGUCCACAUGUUAAUGCAAUGUGGGAGUUGAAGCUCAGUGUCAGUGCGAUUAUGGUGGAAGUGGAACAGUCUCUUUAUGAGCUUCUUCUACACAGUCUGGCGCGUAAUUUUGUGGCGAUCGAGGCGGAGUUAUUAGACACCUGCAAUUCAAACGCGGAGGACACGGCGUUGGGUCUCCGUCUACCGAUGGGUGACCCAGCAGUAUGUGAAUCCGGCGACGUCCCUGCCUCCGCGCGAGGAAGUGGCGUUGGCAUGCGAGUCUGCGUAGAGUGGGAAUCCUUCACGUUGCGUGUGCUACGCAACAAUGUUGGCUUCUUCCUUCAAGUGGGGGAGAUGUCUGCGUUGUAUGCACGCCUCGUGGGCGGAAGUGAGCUGAGGGGCAGCCCCACUGUGACACGGCGGAUGCAUGUGAACCUGGAUUUUAUUACCCUGGGCGCGGACAAGAAAGCAAAACUGCUUGACAUGCGUCCCCUGGCCGCUGCCUCCUCUUCUCUGAAGAGCGACAUCGACGGAGAGAAGAGGAAGGAGGAGGAUGUUUUGCCGGCCCCUCGCUGCCUCUCCUUCCGCCUAGACGCAUGGAGCACGCGGGAGGAAGCGAUCCAGGUGGACUUUGGAAGAGCCGUUGUGCUACUCGAAAAAAGCAGCAUACACUUGUUGCUUUCCACUAUUUACGAACCCUACCGGAGAAUUGUGCUGCCAGAAUACCACGUGCACGAGGUGAGAUACAUCGAUAGUGACGUCACUCUGCAGGAGCGGCUGGUGCUCUCGCAGCGCACCAAGGUGCAGGUGGGGCAGGGGCGGUACAACCACAUCACCAUUGAUGCUAACGGGCAUGACAUUUACUUCAUUGACGCCAAAUCGCCCCUCUUGUCACUUGGCGAUGGUCUCACGCUUUGCAUCAUCAACGCCCGCAUCCACCUUUACGGGAGAGUCCUUGAGUAUUACGUGGCCUUUGGAAAUGGGUCGUACGUGGUUGCAGAUGCAACCCGUAAUAUAAUUCUGAACGAGGCGCCUCAAUCCUGCGGUAAUGCCCGCGCCACAGGCGCUGGUCCGGAGUCAAACGCAUCGGAGUCAGAAACCGGGGAGGACGAGACCGCCUCUUUGCCUCUCCGCUGUAAUUCAAAAAACCGUAGUAACAGGAACACCGAGGAGGAUGUUUUGGCCACUUCGGAAGCAGGGUGCCGUGCAAAUAAUGUCAAUAGACGAGUCAGGGCCAGUGUCGUCCUCUUACUCACACUUCCAGAGGGAAGGGAUGGGUUACGCGUCCGUUCCCAGGCGACAGCACAUGCGCCACACUUUUCACGCUCAUUGGUUCUUCAAGCAACGAUGUCUGUGCAGAUGGCAAUGACAAUGCAUGAUGGUCACGUGAUGGAUGGCUCCAGUACGUUUGAAAUGAGUAAGUUCCUCCUGUACUGUGAGUACCUGGACGCAGACGGAAGUCUAAUGGAGACCCGACCGCUAGUUUCUGAGUGGGCGCUGACGGUUCACCACACGCAGUCGCGCUCUCAGUUAGAGAAUUUAGUGAAGCGGCAUGUCGGGGUACACUGUCCUCACGGAAUUGAGGUGCGGCUCCGUUACGGCGACGUCUACCUUUGCUGGGACGCUGUCCUACAGGCGCAGCAGGCAAUAGGACAUAUCGAGAAGAAUGUGCUGGAUGACGUCGUGGGGGGCGAAAUCGCGUCGUCGCUGGAGACGCCGCAGUACGACAGUCAGCAGAGCAACAGAACGGCCGAGGUGGCACACCAUACGAGUCUGUCGUUUAAUCUGCGAUACCUCAGCGUGGAUGUGGUGGAUGAUAGCAGCGAUGCCAACAUCCCCCUCUUUCGCGCCCGCAUUGACAACCUCGUCACCCCGACGGUGGAGAAGAAAGGUGUAGCUCUCAAGCUGCACGUUUCCCUCACCUGCAGUGUCAUCUACUACAACCUCGGCACCUCAGCGUGGUGUUCGCUGCUUGAACCCGUCCUUUUGGACGUCGUGCUACGAAGUGAGCCGAAUUUGUCACUCGAAGACGUAAAGUGCCGAAAAGGAUAUCUGCGAACCGGGCUUCAUUUACGUCCUGUGCGCCUACACUUCUCUGCGCGGGUGCUAGAAAACGUGCGUCGUGUGUGGUUAUUAAAGAAGCGCUUGGAGGACGCAAGGCGCACGUUUGAACACGACGCGCUUUGUAACCCACUCUGGACCUCGAAACAGCAAUUCUGCAUGUAUCGCGUGACUCAACACCUUGGACAUGAACUGGAAAUUCGUUUUGCCCACGACAGCCACAACUGCCUUUGUAAACCCUCCAUGCUGAAUGCCAACGAGACCAUGCAGUUUAACUUCCCUUGUGAUGAGGGUCAUGAGUUGCCCCUCUGGAAGCACCGUUUGCUGGUCUCGUUCCGAAGUCACAAGGAAUUGAUGAGCGUCGCGAAAACAGGGAAGCGUCUCGUCUUUAAUGGUCCUGGCGUCGUGGGCCGUCAUUUGCUGAUGGAUGUCAGCAUUGCGGAGGGACAAAAAUUGGUUGAGUUCCGCACAAACAUUGCGUUUAAAAAUGAACUUCCAUUUUCUAUGGAUGUUGGCGGAGUGGGGUUGGUUCCACCAGGUGGUGUUUUGCAUUUACCUGUUGAGUGUCUGCGACGUCGUACCACCUUUGCGCCGCGCACGGAAGGACGCCGCGGCACCCCAUGUUCCCUGGGGGUGACCUACGACAUGCUGCCUUUUCUCUAUGAGCAAGUCUUUCUUGGUGUCUGCGCAAUUGAAUCCAAUGACAUCCUGGAGGCCGGCAACACCGUACAGGCCUCUACGUCUUUAAGACAGUCUGUCUUUUUUUGCCUUCGCUUUAGUGGUAAAAAUUUCGUCGGGACCUCCGAUGUGAUUGAUUGCAGAGGCACAUUUGAGGCGCCUUUUCUGAUCGUUAAUGGCACGAGUGUGCCGAUGCGGAUUAGUCUGUUGUACCGAAUAAAAACCGACAACCAACACCGUUCUCUGUUGGUGUUUGGGGAAUCCAAUUCCUACGAAAGCGUCACGACGGUUGCUGUUGCCUCGGGAGAGCGCUCUUGCAUCACGCAGGUGAGUCCGCUAAAAGACAUUUACGUCGACGUGCUUGUUGCCCAGGCGAACGGGGAACCGAUGGGGCAAAGCUCCCGGCACUCGGGAUCGAGUCUGUCUCCGGCGCUUGUGCGCUCUGUCAGCAAGCGGGUGUGUGAUCGCACCAUAGCCCUGCGCGACCAACGCGGUGCCUGCAUCAUUCUCCACAUUGAGUACGCCCCACGGGUGGUAACCAUCUGGUGCCCGUACUGGAUCAUCAACCGAACCCCACACUGCCUGCGAGUCGCAGAUGCAAAGAAUGGCGCACUAGCCGCGGGACUGUGCAGCGAAGGCGGCAUCACGCCCGCCCCUCUCAAUGACGCUGUUGGCGGUGCCAGUAGUGGUGAUCCCGCCUACCUUCUUAACACGAAACGCAUGGAAAAGCUUAGGGACAAGGCGGUAAUUUAUGUGUCUAUUGGACGACAUGCAUCUGAUUCUGGUCUUCAAUGGACCAAAUGGUCUGAUCAAGUUCCCAUUGGCGCACUGUGCGAGAGUGGCGUUGUUCAUGGUAGCUUCUGUAAGCACGUAAGCGUGUCAUUGUCGUACACGGUGGAGUUUGUAGGGGGUCGCAUGAAGGCCACUCGUGUCGUCACAUUUAGUCCCCGCUGGAUUCUUCAGAAUUGUACCAAUAACACAAUCACCUUCCGUCAGUAUGGGGUUAAGGUGUAUGACAGCACGAAUUUUGUUCCCCGACCCGUCGAGUUGGCGCCAAGUCAGAGCCAACGCAUUGAUUUUGCUCGUGACGGCAAUGCAGCAAACUCCAUUCAAGUGCGGCUUCCUGCAGAUGAGGAGUCUGGAAUUCAACGCUGUUACUGGUCACAGCCUCUUAACAUUGACAAGUUGAGUGAACGCGCCUUUAACGUUCACUUUGAGCUACGAAUGAAGGUGCACGAUGGAUCUUGCGUGUAUCCCGAUGAUACGGUCGCUCAAAUUGGGGAUGUGUCUUACUUCACGCGUGUGGGCUCGGAUGUCUUGAUGAUCUCGUGUCAUCGUCGCGGGGGAACGAUGUUCGUUGUGGUUUCCAGGCCACCCCGGCCACCGCUUGUUGUUGAGAAUCGCACCGGGCACAAAAUAAACGUGAGACAGCGCGGCGUCGCUCAGUUCGUUGUUGUGUACCCGCGAACCACACGAGGGCUCGCGUGGGAGGACGCAAAAUCCCAACCGGUGAUGGAACUCUGGGAAGCUGAGAGCCGGGCUGCGCGCGCCAAGCCGCUCCUCAUCAACUUCGACCCACAAGCCGUACUACGACGCAGUGAACAGCUGCAGCAAACGCUACAUCUUCCAGACGGAGACGUGCUCUUUGUUCGGGUGCGUGGGUUAGGCCGCGCGAGCUACGCCAUUAGUAUCACUACUGAGAACACCAUUGACACCUUCUGCUUGCUUCCAUACUUUCAAUUUUUCUUCCGGGUGAAGUUGGACAGUAUCCACGCGCUGCUCUCGGACGACAGUGAGGACUUUAUUCUUUUGACGGUAAAGCCUCUCACUUUUUCCCUCUCGCAGGUAAAAGAGUCGGAAGGCCAUGGCGAUGAGCAGGUUUUUGAUUUCUCCGUCUCCGUGAUACAGGUGGAUGACGAACGUCUAUGCGCAAAGCAGCGCGUGGUGGCGCAACUGGUGGAUGCCAAACCCUCCACUAUCCGCUUCUCACGCAAACUUUUUCGCAGAACCCCCAUUUUGUAUUUUAAAGAGUUUGUCGUCCACCUCAGCUCCAUGGAGGUCCAUCUCGAGGAUUCUUUUAUUUUUCGGGCAAUGAAGUUUCUGGAGCACAUGCGUGUGGUUUGGGGAAAUGUGGCCGGGCCGCUCUCACCAAUACAGAGAAAUGACCGUCACCUCUUGGCGUCGCGGGUGACAAGGGGAAAAAUGAGUUUACGUGCAAAAGACGUUUGGAAGCAGCAAGUUGUUUUCAUGGAGCACCUGCUUAUUGAACAGGCUACGGUUUCCAUCUCACUCUACCGCUCCCCUGGGGCACUGAACGAUCCUAUGUGGGAGCAACUUGGUUACCUGAGCCUGUUUAUUCGUUCCGUGCAAGACGCCCGUUUCGUCUGGCGUCGCGUUGAGCAAUGGGGUGUGUAUGAAGCCAUGUGGUUGCUGGGUGUCUCGUAUUCAUCGUUUUACAAGCAUCAGUUGCAACAGCAAAUGUCAAACUUGGUGCAUGUGGCGGGCUUGGAUAUGAUGCGAGGCUUUGUGACAGAUCUCUUGCAGGGGUACUUUUCCUCUGCCAUUCUUGCCAACAUUGAUCGUACCAGGUUGCGUCUUGGACGUCGAGCAGAGGCGCAUUUUGCCGAUGAUGAAAUACCUCCAGUUGCCACGGAAGAGGCUGAGGCUGCGGUGGCCAGCCGCGACAUUUUUGAAGCGCCGUUGGAUGUAGAAGCAGCUGAACCCGCGCCGCGGCCAAGGAAAGGAAGCGGUGCAGUUGGAAGGAUGAGAAGCGAAGGGGCGCACGCGCCGUGUCUGUCUUUGGAUCGUUUCGAUGCAAAACAAACAUUGGAAAAUAGAGGAAGAAUCAUUGAGGCCGCGCUGGGUUUACCGUGGAGCGCGUUCUAUGCCCGUGUGAGCGACAGGGAGCUCUCUCAGUACGGUAUAUUUGCCGUGCAACGGUUUCUGCGAACCUUGGACUUUGCCAACCCUUCCAGGAUGCAGUGGCAGAUGCGGGAUUUGGCGUGUAAGAGAGGUACGGUGAGUGACAGUAGCACUGUGUCGAGCGGCAUUGGGCACUGUGAGAGCUGUGCCCAGAUUGAGAUCAUGCGGGAGCAGCGUUUUGAGGCAGGCAGUCUAAGCGCCCUGCCGCACCCUGACUCCGGUCUCAUCACGUGGGCGGAGUUUGUCCACCACGUUUCGUGGGAUGAGUUUGUUGAGCUAUGCUCACCGUCGGAGGUUCGACAGUAUGCGGGAUUGGUCCUGUGCUCCCUCGUGGGGAAGCCGGUAAAUAUGAUUCGCAUCGACAGUGAGAAGGAGUUAACCUUGGGCAAGUAA